AUGGAGCAUCCCUGUUUUACCCCAGGCAGGACCAACGGCAGCCAGAGCAGGACUUUCUCAUUCUCUCUGGGUGGUUUUCCAGCAUGGGAAACAGCUCGGACAUGGUCGGCCGUUCCUCUGUGCUCUGCCUACCUCCUGGCCCUCCUGGGGAACUUGGCCGUCCUCUCCAUCAUAGGGCAGAGCGUGUAUCUGCUCCUUGCCGCCCUGGCAGUGGCCGACCCGGGCUUGUCCACGUCCACCUUCCCAGCCGUGCUGAGGACACUGCACCUGGGGGCCAGGGAGAUCAGCCUCGGCGCCUGCCUUGCCCAGAUGUUCUUCAUUGGCGCCUUCGCGGAUGUCGAAUCCGCUGUCAUUCUGGCCACGGCCUUCGACCGCUACGUGGCCAACUGCCACCCCCUGCGAUACCCCUCCGUCCUCACCAGCUCCGUGACCACCAAGAUAUGCGUGGCCAUUGCCGCGAGGAGCGCCCUGGUCCAGCUCCCACUCCCAGUCCUGCUGGCCUGGCUGCGCCUCACCAAGGUCAGCGAACUCUCCCAUCCCUACUGCCUGCACCCAGACGUCAUCAAACACGCAGGCUCGGACGCAAGGAUUAGCCACACCUAUGGCCUUUUUGUGCUGCUCUCCACACUAGUUUUGGACUUGCUCUUUGUCCUCCUGUCCUAUUUUCUCAUCCUAAAGACCAUCCUGAACACUGUAACUUGGAGGGAGCGUCUCAAAGCCCUCAACACCUGCAUCUCACAUAUCUGUGCUGUCCUGGUCUUCUUUAUCCCCAUGAUCUGCCUGUCCAUCAUGCACCAGUUUGGCAAACACGUGUCCCCCCAGGCCUACACAUUCACAGCCAACCUCCAUUUCCUCGCCUCACCCAUCCUGAAUCCUAUCGUUUACAGUGUGAAAACUGAAACCGUCUGCAGAAGGACACUGAGGAUGCUCUGCCAGGGGGGGGUCUGCAAGUCCGGGGUUGCCAUUGGCCAGUAA